AUGGCUCCUCGUAAACACGUAACUUUAGAUCAAAAAAUUGAAAUAAUUAAGCUAAUGGAAAAUGGCCAGAACUAUGGUAUGAUUGCUGAGAAGUAUGGAAUAGGUAAAUCGACUAUUGGUGACAUAAAAAAAAAUAAAGAAAAAAUUAUGAAGUUUGUCAGCACAACUGAACGUGGUCCAGGCACACGUAAAACUUUAAAAGAACCGGAAAAUCUUGUUCUCGAAAAUGCUUUAUUUAUAUGGUUUAUGCAACAGCGGAGACGACAUAUUCCGAUAAGUGGUGAAAUAAUUUGCGAAAAAGCACGUUUAUUUCACCGUGAAAUAACAAAGCAGGAAGAUGGUUUCACUGCUAGUAGAGGUUGGCUAGACAAUUUUAAACAUCGUCAUGGUAUUAGGCGCCUUAAAAUAACGGGUGAGAAACUUUCAUGUGACGAAGCAUCAAUCGAACCAUUUCGAAAUGAGUUGCAGCGAGUCAUAAAUGAAAACAAUUUGGACCUAGAACAAAUUUAUAACGCUGAUGAAUUCGGUUUAUUCUGGGGAAUGUUACCAGAGCAUACAUUGACAUCAAGUCAUGAGAAAAACGCCCCUGGAAUAAAAAUGAUUAAAGCUAGAAUAACAUUCAUGCCUUGUGCUAAUGCAAGUGGAACACAUAAAUUGCCUUUACUCGUCAUUGGGACUGCACAAAAACCACGUGCGUUUAAAUCAGUUAACCUUCCCGUAUACUAUCGUGGACAAAAAAAUGCUUGGGCCACUCGUGUUUUAUUUUUAGACUGGUUUCAAAAACAAUUUGUUCCUGUAGUUCGUGAGCACCUUUUAAAUGUAAAUUUACCUCCAAAAGCUUUAUUAUUGUUGGAUAAUUGCCCUGGACAUCCAUCAGCAGAAGAAUUACGUAGUGAUGAUGGCAACAUUUUUGCAAUGUUUUUACCCCCUAAUACUACAGCGCUUAUUCAACCGAUGGAUCAAAAUGUAAUUCAGAAUAUUAAAUUAAACUAUCGUAAGUCUCUCUUAGUCAAUGUUCUUGCUGAUCCGGUGCAUGGUGAAAACCUUAUUGAUGCUCUAAAGGCCAUAAAUUUAAAAGACGCAGUUUUUAGUCUUGCAAAUUGUUGGAAAUUGGUCCCGCCAAUGCUCAUAAAGAAAUCGUGGAAACACUUGAUCCUUUCCAAACAGAAAAUAAAAUCGACGAAGUUGUUGAAAUUAAUGACAUUCAACUUUCUACACUCAUAA